CUUAAGUACCCCCUUCUGGAAAGCUUGUAUGCUUGGGAUACACAGCUCAAGGUGGUCAUGAUGUGUUAUUUUCUCUGCAAUCUGUGGGUAAAGUUUAUCAACUCCAGAAAAGUAUUGGAACUUAGGUCCUGACCUCUGUCUCCAUAGCUUUUUGUUCUGAUUCAGUGUUUGCUAGAGUGGUCACUGGACCUGGUCAUUAACUGGUACUGCAGGAUGCAGGGUGCACUUUGUGAGAGUGAAGGUAAGUUACAGCUGGCCAGCAUCAGAACUGGGGUGUCCAGAGCCUAGGUUUUUUUCUACAUCCAUAGCAUUAACAAACGACAACAACAACAACAACAAAAAACUUAAAAAAAAAAAUCCCUCACUGAGGUUGCCAAAUCUGUUAACUUUGAAACUGAAUGUAUUAAGAGAUGGGGUCUAGCUCUGUUACCCAGGCUGGAGUAUGGUGGCUAUUCACAGGGCCAGUCAUAGCACACUAUAUCCUAGAACUCUUGGGCUCAAGAGAUCCUCCUGCCUCGGCCUUCCAAGUAACUGGAACUAUAGGCUUGCCACUAUGCCCAGCCAGAACGUCAUUUUAAACAGAUUUUCUUGAGCAGCUACUUAAUACUAGUUAGCCAUUCCUAAACCUGUAGGUCUUGACUAAUGUGAGGGCAUAUUUGAGACAACCCAAACUGACAUCUUAAGUUAUUAAUUUUAAUGUAUCAGCUAACAACUGGGAAGCUACUUCUUUGGGAAUAUGAGAAACAAGAGUUUUAAAGACCCAAGCAAGAAUACAUCUCCAGUGUUUUCACCCUGAGGGAUAUGAGUUAGUUUGCUGAGCAGCCAUUUGGCACAGCUUCCGUGAGUUAGGUUGUGAGCCGCCUUCGGCUCAGCAGUCAGUAUGGAGCAGAAGCCACAGGAGGUGAGCCGCUGGCCUGCUACCACCGAGGAAGACACUGAGACACUGAGUGCUUUCCAAGUUGUGCAGAAUUUUGGUGGGUGAGGAGGAUGGUUGUGACAUAUGGAUUUAAUUUUCUUGAAGUUAUUGUUUAUACUGUAAUUGGUUAAAAGAUAAGCAGGUGAGGUUAUCAAAAGGCAGUAGAUCCCAACAGCUUUUGAAAAUGGGAAGAGUGAAAUCCCUGUGCUGUCUUCAUAGAGCAGUGUGUGGAGUAGGAAGUACCUGGUUACUGUGCUCAUCUAGGGCAAAGGUCGGACUAAACAGCUUUCUCAUCUGCCAUGCAGCGGGGAGGACCAGUUGGAGAGGUUGCUUUUGGCUCUCACACCUUAAUGUAAAAAUCACUUUGUGAAAAAUGCAGCUAUCGCCUCCUUCCUCCAAGAUUCUGAUUCUGUCUCAGUUAGGAUCCAGGAAUCUGCAUUUUAACAUCCACACCAGGAAUUCUGAUGCCCAAGGUUGAGCAAAACUGACUUAGGGCAUACGGACAGAGGAAGCCUUAGUGUGGUCUUAGUUGAGUCUCAUUGCCUGGGGCAGUUCCAGGAGGAAUAGGCUAAAAGGGACUUGAACUGAAUUCCCCACCUUGUAUUUUUUGUUUUGAGGAGAAGUGAGGUUAGAUCAACCAGGUGAUGGGGGCUAGUAAUGGGGAGAUCUCUAAGGAGAGGGGAACCAACCCUUUUGGCUAGGAGAUGAUGGGUAAGAGUCCGUGCUUUAGGGUCAUUCUUCCUCAACUGAAGGGUGCAUUUUGCUAUACUGCUAAUAUUUCGGUUUAUUCAUUGCUGUCUCCCCUCUAAGCUGUUGAACUACCAGGUGGGGAAGAAAACAUGACAGAAACAGAUGCCUUCUAUAAAAGAGAAAUGUUUGAUCCGGCAGAAAAGUACAAAAUGGACCACAGGAGGAGAGGAAUUGCUUUAAUCUUCAAUCAUGAGAGGUUCUUUUGGCACUUAACACUGCCAGAAAGGCGGGGCACCUGCGCAGACAGAGACAAUCUUACCCGCAGGUUUUCAGAUCUAGGAUUUGAAGUGAAAUGCUUUAACGAUCUUAAAGCAGAAGAACUACUGCUCAAAAUUCAUGAGGUGUCAACUGCUAGCCAUGCAGAUGCCGAUUGCUUUGUGUGUGUCUUCCUGAGCCAUGGUGAAGGCAAUCACAUUUAUGCAUAUGAUGCUAAAAUCGAAAUUCAGACAUUAACUGGCUUGUUCAAAGGAGACAAGUGUCAGAGCCUGGUUGGAAAACCCAAGAUAUUUAUCAUUCAGGCAUGUCGGGGAAACCAGCAUGAUGUGCCAGUCAUUCCUUUGGAUGUAGUGGAUAAUCAGACAGACAAGUUGGACACCAACAUAACUGAGGUGGAUGCAGCCUCCGUUUACACGCUGCCCGCUGGAGCUGACUUCCUCAUGUGUUACUCUGUUGCAGAAGGAUAUUAUUCUCACCGGGAAACUGUGAACGGCUCAUGGUACAUUCAAGAUUUGUGUGAGAUGUUGGGAAAAUAUGGCUCCUCCUUAGAGUUCACAGAACUCCUCACACUGGUGAACAGGAAAGUUUCUCGGCGCCGAGUGGACUUUUGCAAAGACCCAAGCGCAAUUGGAAAGAAGCAGGUUCCAUGUUUUGCCUCAAUGCUAACUAAAAAGCUGCAUUUCUUUCCAAAAUCUAAUUAAUAGAGGCUAUCUAUCUUAUUUUACAAUCUGUAUUGAAAAUGUCUUUCUCAGCCGGGCGUGGUUACACCUGUAAUCCCGGCACUUUGGGAGUCCAAGGUGGGCGGAUCACCUGAGGUCAGGAGUGCGAGACCAGCCUGACCAACAUGGAGAAGCCCCAUCUCUACUAAAAAUACAAAAAAAAAUUUAGCUAGGCAUGGUGGUGCAUAUCUGCAAUCCCAGCUACUUGGGAGGCUGAGGCAGGAGAAUCACUUGAACCUAGGAGGGGGAGGUUGCAGUGAGCCGAGACUGUGCCAUUGCACUCCAGCCUGGGCAACAAGAGUGAAACUCCAUCUCAAAAAAAAUAAAAUGUCUUUCUCUUCUUUUUAUAUAAAUAUCGUUAGGCUGAAGCAUUAUGGUCCAAUGAUUCAAAUGUUUUAACGUUUAAUGCCCAGCAGAGAACUGCCUUAAAAAAAAAAAAAGUUCAUGUUGGUCAUGGUGAAAGGGUUUGAUAUGCAGAAACAAAAUCCUCAGGAAAUUAGAUAAAUAAAAAUUUACAAGCAUUUCUAUUAUUUUUUAAUAAACUGCAGGGUUACACAAAAAUCUAGCUGA